AUGUCUUCCGAAGAUCAAACCGUAUUAAAUGAUGAGGAAAAAUUUAUUAAAGGAGAAAAAUGUGAACCGCAAUCAGAUUUGCCUGAAGGGAAUAUUAAAUUUUACGGACCUAAAAUGCCGCCGCAUAUUCAUAAAGAAAAACAUGAAACCGAGCAAAAAAUAUACGGUCCUGCAUUACCUGAAAACCUGAGAAACAUUUAUGAUGACGAAUCGGAUUCUAGUAUCCAAAUAAAAAAAAAUGAUUCUGAUAGUGAAAUAAAAAACCUGAAUAAUGAUUCAAUUGAUUUUGACGAAGAAAAAAUUGACGAUAUUUUUUACGGACCUUCUCCUAGCCUCAAAGUCACAAACGUUCAAUAUGAGAAUCAAUCAAAUAAAUUUAUUAAAAAUAUUAAUAUUACAAAAAACGAUGAUAAUUUAAAAACUGAGCGUGAAUUAUGGAUGCUGCAACCCCCGACUAGAAAGCUCGGUCAAACAUCUUCCCUCUUUCGACAAUUUAAAAAUAAUGAUUCUGGGGAUUCGAGUUCGUGGACAGACACGCCUCUGGACAAAGUUAAAAGAAAACACAAAGAUAAAGAAAAGGAUCACAAAUCAAAGUUAAAAUCAAAAAUGAUCGAAGAAAGAAAUAAAGCCAUGGAUUUACUUGUUGAUAAAGAAAAAAAAAAAUUUAAAGCUUCAAGCGAAGAAUCAUUGUUAGAAAUUCAUAGAAAAAAAUUAAAAAAAAUGAAGAAAGAAGAAAAAAAAAAAGAAAAAAUGACUGGAAAAAUCGAGAGGCGACCCUUUGAUCGUGAUAAAGAUCUUAAAAUUCAUCGCAUUGACGUCAAUCAAAGAAAAAUGAUAAUAAAUAAAUCAAAAUUUUUCAAUGAUAGAUUCGAAACCGGAGAAAGUAAAUAUUUGUAA